AUGAUUGACGAUUAUGUACAUCAAAAUAUAUGUUUGGAAAUCGCUAAAGUGCGAGCUUUGGAAGAUAUUAAUUCAAUUUUAGAACCUAUAGGUAAAGAUAUCAAUGACUAUGGAAUAAUGCCAUUUCCUGUAGAUAUAGAUGAAGCUGAGAGAUUGAAUCGAAUGGUUGCAGAAGAAACGAUGAAUUUUGAUGUUGAAGAAGGCCUUGCUUGGAAGACUUUUUUAUACAAACCACUUUUAGUUGGCGUAAGAUCUCAAAAUUUAAUUGAUUUAGCAACAGCGUCCUCUGGAGUAUCUGCAUCUCUUUUACCUGGAGGUCGAACAGCUCAUUCGAGAUUUAAAAUUCCUCUAAAAACAGUUGGUGAAGUUAGCUGUUCUGUUAGUAAACAAUUCGCUUUGGGAACUUUAUUAAAAAUGUGUAAACUAAUAAUUUGGGAUGAAGCACUCAUGGUAAACCGUCGUGCUAUUGAAGCUGUAGAGAAAAUGCUUAGAGAUGUUACUGAUUGUGACUUGCCUUUCGGUAGGAAAGUCAUAAUUCUUGGAGGAGAUUUUCGACAGGUUCUACCAGUAGUACCAAGAGGGAAAAAAGAAGACAUGAUGAAAGCUAGCUUAGUUUUCUUAGAUUUAUGGCCUUUAUAUUUACAACUACCUUUAGUUGAAAAUAUGAGAGCAAAAUUAGAUCCUGUGUUUUGUGAUUACUUACUUAGAAUUGGAGAUGAGACAGAAAAAGAACAUAAAGUAUAUGCUGAUCAUUUACAUGGCAUGAUGAACAGAGUUAUACUUACUCCUAAAAAUGAAUGUGAAGAUUUUUUGAAUAGUUUGACACCAAAUGGUAUUCCACCACAUGAAUUAAAACUUAAGGUAAAUUGUCCAGUAAUAUUAUUGCGGAAUAUCAAUCUUUCUGAAAGUUUAUGUAAUGGGAUACGCCUUACUUGUCGAAAAUUUAAUAGAAAUGAGAUUUUGGCUGAAAUCACAAUUGGUGAAUAUCGUGGAAAAUAUGUGUUUUUACCAAUGAUUCAUUUUGUGACAUCACUGAUUGCGGAAUGUCAUAGAGCUUAUGAAAAAGACGUCGAGGCAUUUUUCAAAUUUGUGAGUAUAAGAGAUGAAAGUGUUGCAACUCCUAAAAGAAUUCCAUCCACAAAAGGUGACAUCACUUGUUGUGGAAUGUAA